GUGGCCAUGCAGCGAGCUAAUGUGUGUGUAUGCUCUGUAACCAUGUCGGGUGAGACUCACCUGAAGCUGGUGAAGGUCAAGGACGUGAUGCCAGAGAUAGCUGACCAUGUAGCUGCCUAUCUGGACAAUACUGGUAAAACCAAUGUUCUGUCCAAAGAGGACUGGUGGCAGCUGCUUGUGAGCUGUGUGCUGACGAUGUGUGAGGUGCACCGCUACGCUGAGGCUGAUCUGCUGGUGGAGUCCACCAUGGAGUUUUUCUCCUUCUAUGACAACAAGCCCAAGAGAAAGGAGAUGGAGUUCUUCGGCCUGUCUGCCACCCUCCUGGACCACAACUACUACAGUGCCUACAACUACAUUAGAUUAAUGCUGAUGGAAAAUGUGGAUCUGCCUCAGCUUUGGAACAUUUUCAACCAGUUGACGAUAAAGUCUAAGCACCAGCGACAUCAUCGGUUCUGUCUACGUCUGCUGUUAAAACACCCUGACAACCACGCCUUGUGUGUCCUGUGUGGACACAACGCCAUGGUGUCAGGAAGCUUCAAACAUGCACUGGGGCAGUAUGUGCAGGCCUUUCAGACGCACCCCAACAACCCACUCCACAGUCUCUGUGUGGGUCUCACCUUCUUCCACAUGGCAUCACAGAAAUAUGUUGCCAAGCGACACAUCCUGGUGAUGCAGGGUUUCUCCUUUCUGUGGCGGUAUGUGGAGCUGCGUGGAGAGUGUCAGGAGAGCAUCUACAACCUGGGCAGAGCGCUGCAUCAGAUAGGCCUCAUACAUUUGGCCAUUCAUUACUACCAGAAGGCACUUUCACUGCCCGCACAGAAACUGGAGGGUAUUGCUGAUGACCAGGUUGAUCUGAGGAGGGAAAUCGCCUUCAACCUGUCACUCAUCUACCAGGCCAGCGGGAACAUAGAGAUGACUCGGCAGCUCAUAAACACAUACUGCAUAGUUUAGUAGCAACACAAAUCCCUCAUCGUCUUUUCCAGACUCCGAUUAAUUUCCUGCAAGUGCUGCACUGUGAAAGUAUGGAGGACAAAGACUAACUCGUUCAUCGAUACAAACAUAUGGAAAUAAAAAACCAAACACACAAUGUAUUUGUAUACAUAAGAAAUACAUUAACGAAGAAAUCUAAAAACAAGGAAGAGAUAAUUUGUAGGAAUGAUUGUAUUGUUUUAUCCUCGUCCUCCAUAUAUACCACUCUUACUGACGUGUCGUUCAUGCUGUAGUUUCAGGUAUGUGUAUUUAUUUUGGCAGAUUGAGCAUAAUGUGUAUAUAUUUGCAGUUUUAGAGGCACUGGUGCUUCAUUAUUGUCUCAAAUACUCACGAAUCAUUCUCGCUUUAUGUGUCAAGGUUUGACUGAUGAAGUUGAAACUGGAAUUUCAGGUGAUGCUUUCCUCCAGCCCUGUGUCCGCAUAUUUUCCUCUCUUCAUAACAAACAAACUUCACUUUCAUGCCGCUGUAGAAAUUACACAUUUCUAACAAGAUAGAUGAAUACUUUAUUGAUUCCGAAGGAAAUUCAAGAAGUUAUGCUGUUGUAACCCAUUUUGUAAAGGCAGCUCUAUUUUUGUUAACUAAAUAUUUUCAGCCAAAUAAAUUUAUUUUUAA